AUGGAAGACUGUCUGACAACAUUACGCGGACGGAUCGAGUCCUGCUGCGAGUCCGCGUGUUCGUGCUUCAGAAAGAACCAGGAUAAACCCGACAGCUCGGUGGUGAUUCCAAAUCUACACGCGGAAAGCAGGGACCCCGACCGCCCUCUGCGCCCUUCACCCUUCCCCCCGGUGCCCGCUAAACCCAUGGGGAAGCUGUUCGCCGCGCAGUAUGACUACCAGGCGCGCACGGACGAUGACCUGAGCUUCCACGCGGGGGAUAAACUCGAGAUCCUGAAGGAGACCGACUCGGGCUGGUGGAUAGCUCGCGCUCUGGAUGGAGCUUCUGCCAACCGCAGUGGGUACAUCCCUGCCAACUAUGUGGCACCGCUGGAGAGCCUGGGCGCACAGAUGUGGUAUUUUGCUGAUACUAAGAGGGUGGAGGCGGAGAAGCUUCUUCAGGCUAAAGGGAACCAGAACGGAUCGUUUCUCAUCCGCCAGUGUGAGAGUCAACCAGGAGAACUUUCAUUAUCAGUGUUGCAUGAUGAGACUGUGAAGCACUAUAAGAUUAAACAGUUGGAUGGACAAUUCUACAUCAUCAGGAGCAAAGGUUUCUCCUCCCUGAUGGACCUGGUUCAGCACUACAGCACCAUGGACGAUGGACUCUGUGUCAGACUCAGGAAACCCUGCAGGAAGGCUAUAGUUCCUCAGACUAUUGGACUCUCCUACAAUACGGCGGAUCACUGGGAGAUUCCUCGGAGUUCCGUUCAACUGUUGUGUAGACUGGGAACCGGACAGUUUGGAGAAGUUUAUGAGGGCAUGUGGAACAACACAACCGCCGUCGCUGUGAAAAAACCCAAACCAGGAAGUGUAAACCUUCAGAACUUCCUGCAGGAAGCUCAGUUCAUGAAGAAGCUCCACCACCCGAAGCUGAUCCAGCUCUACGCUGUGUGUACCAUCGGAGAGCCCAUCUACAUCAUCACUGAGCUCAUGAGGAACGGCAACCUGCUGGAGUACCUGCAGAGGGACAAGGGUAAGACCGUUAACCUGAGUGAUCAGGUGGAGAUGGCAGCUCAGGUGGCAGCGGGCAUGGCGUAUUUGGAGCUACAGAAUUACAUCCACAGAGACCUGGCAGCUCGGAACGUUCUGGUGGGAGAGAACAACAUCUGUAAGGUGGCAGAUUUUGGCCUGGCGAGAGUCUUUAAGAGUGAAGGUGAUGAUGAUGAUGAUGAAGAUGAAGAUGGGGGUGUGUAUGAGAUGAGCAAGGGAACUAAGCUCCCGGUGAAGUGGACCGCUCCUGAGGGGCUACACGAAAAUAAAUUCAGCAUAAAAUCUGACGUAUGGAGCUUCGGGAUCCUGCUGUAUGAAAUUAUCACCUUCGGAACACUUCCGUACCCCAUGUUUACUAACCUCCAGGUGGUCCACCAGCUGCGUAGCGGGUACAGAAUGCCGUGUCCCAGCAACUGUCCGAAGCGCGUGUAUGAGGUGAUGAGGGACUGCUGGAAGGACUCGCCCUACGACCGACCCACCUUCGAAACACUGCAGUGGACGCUGGAGGAGUUCUGCGACCUGGAUGUGAGUUCGUACGCCGACGCUGACCGCUACUAACCUACACGCGGCUCUGCAGUCGAUCAGCUCCGCCUACGCUCCUCUGGGAAACUUUGAACAGGAUUUUAGCAUGUGCCUGUGUGAAUUUGUGCCCUGUGAUGUUGGCUGAGAAGGCCUGGAUCACUGUCAACAUUCCAAUUCACUCCAAAUGUACUCAGCAGUGUUGAUGUAAUGUCUCUGUGCAGGCUGAAACACCUGAACUCAGUGUUUAGGAGGGGUGUCCACAUACUUUUGCCAUAUAGUUUAUAGUUAAGCACGUUAAGGCCACGUAUUGAACACGUGAGGUGCAUCUAUUAGCUCUGUAAAAGAGAUGAAACGUUUCACUAUCAUCGUCUCUUCAUAACAUGACUUGCUUAGAGCAGAGUGGGGGGUAUGUAGGGCACACAGAGGGCACAUAAAGGGCACUUAACCCAAUUUUUGCUCUUUGUUGGCCCCCGUCUUUUAUAUUUGAGGAGCAGUCCAAAUAUUCAUUCUGUUUUUAUUAGCAGAACUCUGUCAUAAUGUGUUCAUAACUCCCAAGUAUCAGUGUGUGUGUGUGUGUGUGUGUGUGUGUGUGUGUGUGUGUGUGUGUGUGUGAAUAUUUCUGUGCUGUUCAGUAAAUGAAGCGACUGUGAUAAUAAGCUCCUGAGGUGACAGAAUGAAGGAUUUGUAUAUAACAUUAAUAUUUAUAAACUAAAUCAUUACAGUUAUUAUAAUUCAUCAUGUGUAAUUCAUUUGUGUUAUAUAUAAGUGUAUAACUAGUUUAAGGAAUAUAGAAUAAAGAAUUUCUGUUCUAUC